CUCGCUGUGCUGCGAUGUGGCAGACGCAGUCAGACGAGUCACGAGCGGACACAGUCAGGAGGAGUGACGCAGUGACAAUGUGGAUACAUCGGCACAUCUCACAAUGCUUGCUUCGCAACCAGCAACUACGACCAUACCCAAGCCUAUCGCUCAGUCGAUUACAGCUUGAUACGACAUUGAUACACAGCUACAGCCCUGCCUCUGCACUGACACGGCACACGCACACGCUCACGCUCACGCCCACGCCAGCUCAUCUCGUAUCAUGACGUCCAUCGAUCCCUUCGCGCCCGUCGAGCUGCAACAUCCCGGAGCAGGUCUCUCCCUGCACAUUCUGCCUUACGGUCUCAUUCCGCAUCGGUUGCUGCUCAAUGUUCGUCAGGAUGGACCUCUGCAUCCCUCCAGCGGCAUCGAAGGAGGAGGUUCAGCAACGCACGAUCUCUUGACUGGUCCUGAGGAGCCAAACCAUCACCAGACUUAUGGGCGAUCCUUCUUCGGACCCGUCAUUGGCCGAUACGCCAAUCGAUUGCCAGCUGGAAAACAGAAAUAUGGCCACGGUCAAGAGAUGCUCGUUCCAGUCUGGGGUGGCGAAAACCUUUGUCUUCACGGGGGCCCGGCGUCUGGACCUAACGGAGGCCCGCCCGUCAGUCUGCCUUUGAUCUCUCAGGAUGACGUGCCGCUACAGGAAGGGCCGUUGGACACUAUAGUGUGGACCCCUCUUUCGAACGUGUCGAAAGCGGAGCUGUUCAAAGAUCAAGACUUGUCAGAUCCGGUGAAUGGCAGCAAGGCACCUCAAGGUUCGGCGCGGGUCUUCGCUAUCAACCAUCGACCAUCGAGCGACGGGAGUGGUCCUCCAGUGACUUUAAGAAUCGAAGCUCUCAUCGCUGUGCAAGGUCCCAGUGACCCAGCUGUGAGCAGCGAGGAUGUGCCACCUCUUGGAUUAUCGGCAGGUAAGGUGCGCAUCGAGUACAGAGCCGAGCAGAGGCGAUCAGGGAAGGAGGAAGCAGUCCCAACGCCGCUCAACCUCACUCAUCACUGGGCAUUCAACCUCAGCGCAUCGGAUCCUUCAGCUCGGCAAACAGAAAAGGGCACCAUAGAGCAGCACGAACUGCGCAUGCUGGUGCGUGGCAAGGAGGAAGAACGAACGCUGGAGCUGGACAGUCGAUCGGUUCCGCUGGGCCAGCUCAAAGCUGCUGAUGGAGAGUAUGAUUUCCACGCUACGGGCAAAGAAGGCUUUGGUCGAUUGAUAGGCGAAAAGGCUCCACCGGGAGGCCAUGAUCAUUGGCAUGGAUGGGGUCCCACAUUACCCAAAGGAGAAGCACGAACCGUGCUCCGCUCUCCAUUGACCAAGAUCGGGGUGCUGUUCAGCACCGACCAGUCCGGUGUGCAGCUGUAUUGCGCAACGGGCCAACCCGCUUAUCCCGCCACAUCGAGUAAAGGAGGACCAAAGAAGCGUCUUCACAGAUCCGAGAAGGAUACGGAUGAGGGAAAACUCGGUAAUCACCUGCACUCCGCUUGCUUCUUGGAAUUUGCUCACCCGCACGCCACUGCGCUCUUCGAGCCUCUGCAAAAGUGGGCUGGCACCGACACACUGCUUAGAGAAGGUCGAACUUACCGCGCUUUUGUCCAAGCUGAAGUCUAUGAGCCAUAGAUGAGCAUCCACAUCCACCUUUCAAGGCCCAAGGGGUGUCGUAGAGGAGCGCAUGUGGCAAGUGAAUGAUAUGAGCACACUCCAUCGCCUUACUCCGUCCCCACAUGUCAGCGCACAGGGAGUAAACUCGAGGCUUUGUAGUGAUCGCGAUUGCUUGAUGACUUGCUAGAGUGAACGCAAACCGAUGUCCAAUGUCCUUCGUAAUCACACACACCACGCCACGCCCCCAAACGUGCUCUAGGAAGCGUCGCGGCAAAGAUUUUUGCGCGCGCGCACGGCGGAGACUGGUGAAGCAAUGUCCCCUCUUUCUAGCUUUUCCCUUUUCGGUGGCCCUGUCUUGGAAAUACCAUGCACCUUCAGCU